AACGAAUAUGCCACCCGAACCAAGUCUUCCAUUUCCUCUUCAACUAAUCACCCCUCCACGUGUCGCACCCUCCUCCUCCACGUGUCAUCCUCUCUUCUCUCCAACUGUCAACUCAAAUCCACAUCCCAUAUAUUUCUCACAAUCAUAACCACCUUUUCUUUCUUCUGAUCCUUUCUAAAUUUGUUCUUGGCUCUCCAGAUUCUUGAAAAUACAAACAUUAUAAUAUAAAUUUUAGCCUAAAGUUUUCAAGAAUGAGAUGGGUUUAUAAUGAUUUUUAUUACAGUGGAUCCAAUGGGUUUCAUGGACAUUGGUGGGACGAGCUUGAUGAUUCAGAGGAAUGGCAACGUGGGAUUUUUUAUUUCUUGAGUUGUUCUUAUGCAUUGGUCUCUUUUGUUGCUCUGGUACAACUUUUCCGUAUCCAAUUGAGAGUGCCGGAAUAUGGGUGGACAACGCAAAAGGUUUUCCACUUGAUGAAUUUUCUGGUGAAUGGAUUGAGGGCGGUACUCUUCGGUAUGUACAAGGACGUGUUUCUCAUUAAACCAAAGGCCCUUGAAAUCAUGCUUCUUGAUCUUCCCAGCCUUCUGUUCUUUUCAACGUAUACAUUACUAGUUCUGUUCUGGGCUGAGAUAUAUCACCAGGCAAGAAGCCUUCCAAUUGACAAACUGAGACCCACGUAUUACAUCGUAAAUGGGUUCGUAUACCUCAUACAGGGAUGCAUCUGGAUAUACUUAAGAGUAAGCAAAAGUCCUGUCGCAGAGGAACUAUCAAAACUCUUCUUUUCAGCUAUCUCAUUCUUUGCUGCGCUUGGGUUCUUGAUUUAUGGUGGGAGGUUGUUCGUCAUGCUGAGGAGAUUCCCUAUCGAAUCUAGAGGUCGUCAAAAGAAGCUAUAUGAGGUUGGCUGCGUGACAGCAAUUUGCUUUACUUGUUUCUUGAUUAGAUGUUUUGUGGUUGCGUUUUCCGCAUUUGACAUGAAAGUUGACCUUGAUGUCUUGAAUCAUCCCCUACUUAACCUUAUGUAUUACAUGGUGGUAGAGAUAGUACCGUCUGCACUGGUGCUCUUUAUCUUGAGAAAGCUGCCUCCGAAGCGCAUCUCCGAUCAAUAUCACCCCAUAAGCUAGGCAAUCUCAACAUAAUCUGUUUGAGAAUAUCUAAAAACAAUUAAGGAAAAAGGGAAAAAACAAAGAUAAAAAGGAAAUUAAAAGCUACAUAAGAUGCUAUGGUAGCUCAAGUUGUAUUUUCUUUUGGUUCUUUGUGUAUAUUCUGAACACAUUACUUAAUGGACUUGUAGUAAUUCUUUGGCUGAAAUAUUUUUCGAGGCGUUUAUAUAAUAAGAGAUAUCAUAA